GUUUGCAUCCACAGCGACAUGCCACGCCGCCGUCAAGAGCCGCUCCAGUCGGCCUUUGCUUGUCGGCCAUGGCCAUCCAUCCAUGCACAAAGGGCGGUUUCCGACAAGAAAAGACACGACAAGACAGACGUCGAUGGCGCAUCCAAGCAGCCGUGA